AUGAGUGUCAAUGGAGGUGAGUACAGGCGUUUUCUUACUUUCUAUGACCUCAUGCUCCUCUCCGAAUAUGCAUAGGCACUAAUCGCUCGCCUGGUCCGACGUGGUCUUCUCAGGCGUAGCUGCCGAAGCACCAGCUUCCGUGAGCUACAACGCGGCCAGUACACCCAUCUCGCAGCAGACCAAGGAGCUCAAGGAACUCAAGGAUGAAGCCAUGGUCAGUUCUGUAUCCUACAAAGGCCCCGGAUGGUGGAGGGGUCGGCUGGGAUGCGCAAUCGCGCAAGGUCGGUCGGUGGUCAGGCACUGCGGCCCCACUUGAGGCGCCGCCCGUAUGAAUCCGUCUUCUAGCGACCUUCGCCCCGUCAGGAAGGAGGCGGUGCACCGCAUGCCGAACCCACUAUCCUUGAAUUCGAAUGGCGAUUCGACCUGCGAAACAAAACACGCUAUUUGCUCUGCCUCGUUGACACGUACGACUCACUGACAACUCGUCUUGCCUUCUUCGUCGUGUGGGGUUUCGUCUCACCUUCCCGUCAUUGCAGGGGGCUGCCGUGCACUCGUUUGACCCCGAUGUCUCCCCAGAGGAGAAAGCGCAACAAGCCCUGAAAGGUGCACCUUCAACUGCACCCGUCGACAUGUCCGGCGUACCCUCCUUACGGGGCAAGGAGCUCAAGGACUUCAAAAAGGUUGGCGGUGAAGAGAUGGUCACCGACCUCGGCACCAAGCCUGUCGAACCGACGACGAACCUCAAGGAGAUUGAAGCCUUGGCCACCGAGAAGAAGGAGGCUCCGAAAGACAAGUCUGUUCCUCCUGGUGCGAUGCCCCAGGGCAAGACCGGUGAAGCUCUCCGAGAAAGUGAGUUUUCCCUAAAACUCGAUAGGCGUAUGGGACGUCCUCGACCGACCAAGCUGAUUGGUGUUUCUUUUCCUUGCUGCUAGUUCCUGAUUGGUUCUCGAUUGUGAGUGGACCACGCAGUCCGGCGCUCGCGCUUGUGUGCUGAACUUCCAUCCUUCCGCAGGGAUGGAACGACGGCCCCGACAAGUCCCUGUACCUCGCACCGGAGGAUGCCCGGGCCCAGUCGAUCUUGAGCGAUUUUAUCAGCGACGCUUACUUUGGACAGUGGUACGCUCGCCUCCGCGACUCCGACCAGGAUGAAGAAGAGCAGGUUCUAACAUCUCUAUCUCGUCCUGCAGGUGGGUCAACGCUGGCAUUAUCAUCUUCGCCGUCGUCGCAUCGCACUUCAUGACGCUGUUUGGUGGAGGUUGGGGAUGGCUCAUCGUCAUUCUCGGUGUCACGGCGACGGCGUACGACACGAGCAUCAAGCGGACUCGGCGCAAUGCUCGUGACGAUCUCGUUCGCGAGGUGGCCAAAAAAGGUCUUCGGGCUGAUGUCGAGUCGGCGACCUGGUUGAACUUGUUCCUUCAGCGAUUUUGGCUGGUGAGUGGCAGUCGGGUUAGUUCCAACAAUCGGAUGCUCAUUCGGAUUUGGUGACCUUCGACCGCCUCGCACUUAGAUCUAUGAGCCCGUGCUUUCCGCUACGGUAAGUGAAGUCACGCGAGCAUGCACCCUCCGGACUCGCAUACUGAUCCUCAUUGUUGCACUUUGCCUUGCAGAUCGUCGCAUCCGUUGAUCAGGUCUUGCAAAUCUCGACCCCGGCCUUCCUCGACUCGAUCCGCAUGACGACCUUCACCCUCGGCACCAAACCGCCCAACAUCGAUCACGUGCGCACGUUCGCCGACACUGAAGAUGAUGUCGUCAUGAUGGAAUGGAAGAUAUCCUUCGUGCCCAACGACAUCCAGGACAUGACGCACCGCCAAGCGAGUCGCAAGGUCAACCCCAAGAUCGUGCUCAAUAUCCGACUCGGUAUUGGACCUGCCGUUGUGGGCAAGGAUAUUGUCGUUGAAGAUAUCAGUUUCCAGGGCACGAUGGUAAGCUUUAGACACACUUCCUCGGUCAUACACAGAGGUUACGCGCAAAGUCAAAGUACUGAUCAACUUUCAUCGACCACCCCCUGCCCAGCGUAUCCGCAUGAAGCUCAUGAAUAACUUCCCGCACAUCCAACUUGUCGACUUGUCGCUCAUGCAGCCGCCCAUCUUUGACUUUGUGCUCAAGCCCGUCGGCUUUGAUCUGUCACUCGUGAGUGCCAUGGCUCUGUGAGACAUUUCAGUGCGUCGAAGCGCUGAUAGUAGCGUCAUGUCGGCCCACAGAUUCCUGGACUUUCACCCUUCAUCACUUCCCAAGUCCAUGCGACCCUCGGUCCCAUGAUGUACCACCCCAACACCUUCACCCUCAACCUCGAACAGAUGCUCUCCGGUGCUCCUAUUGACACCGCCUGCGGUGUGUUGGCCCUGACCAUCUACAGCGGCCGAGGCUUGAAGGGCGUCAAGCUUGGUGGAGGAUCGCCGGAUCCCUAUGUCAGCGUCGCGAUUGCCGGUCGGGCCGAGUUGGCCAAGACUAAAAUCAAGCGCAGCACGUAAGCGAACAGAGUGUUUAGGAAGAAUGUGUGUGGACUAAGCUGACGCUUUUCCUUUUGCCGCUCGGAUAGUACGACUCCUCACUGGAACGAGACCAAAUAUAUCCUCUUGAACAACCUCAACGAGAGCCUAACGAUGACGAUCAAGGACUGGAACGAACACCGCGCCGAUUCCGACCUCGGCACGGCGAGCUUCGACUUGAAGUCCUUGAUGGAGGAUGGGCAACAAGAGGGCAUCAAUGCGGAUGUCAUCUUUGAUGGCAAGACACGAGGAGUUAUCAAAUUCGAUGCGGUAUGUCCAUCGACUGCGGGUGGUGGUGUGGUCCUGAGCCACGAACCUGACGAGGGUGUUUUAUGCUUUUGUUCAGAUCUACUUCCCUGUUCUCACGGCCAAAAAGUUGCCCGACGGAACUGUCGAGACCAUCCCCGAGACGAGUAAGCUCAAGUCAAUCACUUGUACAAAGUCAGAUGUCUGACCAAGCUCUUGCGCUGGACGAGCAGAGACCGGAGUCGUGCGCCUCGUUGUGCAUCAAGCCAAGGACCUCGAUGGUCGAGGACAGCAGGUGGGUUGCCAGAUCUGCCUAUUUAUAUGUCUCUGGUACCGCGCUGAUUGACCGAUAUUUGUGCCCACAGAUCAAUACGUGCGCCGAGGUACGCCUCAACGAUCAGAUCGUGCAUCGCACCCAGACGCUCAAACGAUCGCCGAACCCCGUUUGGGAGCGACCUUGCGAGUUCCUCGUCACCGAUCGAUCGAGCGCCGUCAUCGGCAUCACCGUCAUUGAUGAGAAUGCCAUUUCCGCCAACACGAGAUUGGGCGUUCUUAAGGUCAAGCUCGCGGAUCUUCUAGAAGCCAAUGCCAAGGGCCAGGACUUCUUCCCCCUCAGCCAAGCGAGAACUGGUCGCGUGCGAUUGACCGCAUCUUGGAAACCUGUGAUGAUGACGGGUGCCAUUUCGGGUGCGGGGCAAUACACCCCACCUAUUGGUGUGGCGCGGGUCCUGUUCAAGAGAGCCCGUGACCUCAAGAACGUCGAGGCUAUGACGGGAGGCAAGAGUGAUCCUUAUAUGCGGAUACUCCACGGCGGAAUCGUCAUUACCCGUACCGAAGUCAUCGACAACAACCUCGAUCCCGAAUGGGACGAGAUCGUUUACGUGCAGAUCCACAGCAAGAAAGACACGUUCGUCAUCGAGUGCAUGGACUAUCAGCAUCUGACCAAGGAUCGGUCGCUCGGUGUGACGGAGUUGAACGUCUCGGAUCUGUUGAUGGAGGGUGAGGAUAAGGUCAACAAGCCUUGGGUCUCGACUGGCAAACACUCGCGCAAGGACGGGCUGCGCAUCGAUGGGAAGAAGACGGUCAAGGGUUCGGUCGAGUACGACGUCGAGUUUUGUGAGUUUGCACAACUAGCAUUGAAAGUUGCCAGAGGUGCCAGACAAUUGACGCGGAUCGUUCUGCGCAGUCCCUUGCGCACACCUCAAGAACGUCUCCUUCAAGGAACCCGAGCCUGACGUGAUCGAAGAAGAAGUCGAGACCCUCACGAACGAAGCGGAAGCCAAGACGUCCAAAACGCUCGAACGGAACGGCUCGAUCAGUGGCAAAUCGACUUCGACCACAGCUGAGGACGAUACAGGGAUCGUUAUCCCGCGUGAAGAGUUGCUCAAGACGCAGACCGGCGUUUUGGCAUUCCAGAUCAUUUCGGGGUGAGUGUUUUCCCGAGACGAAUCGGUUCUGUGACGGUGACUGAUUGGCCCCGCGGGAGUUGACUUACAGCCAACUGUCGAAGAGGGGUGCUCGGCUUGAGGUCUUGUUCGACGAUGGUAAGGGUUCGAAGUGGGCCUGAUCCGUUUGGCUCGCUGACGGUUGAUUGGCCCCCUCAAACCACAGGGUACUGGCCUGCGUACUCAUCCGAACCAGCGAGGUCGACGCAUGCCGUGUGGGAUGAGAUUGGCGAAGCCGUCAUUCGCGAACUCAACUUUAGCAACAUCAUCCUCAAGCUCAAUGCGUGCGUCGUACUGGGACAUUUGAGCGAGCCACUCCUUUCAAUGCUGUUUGCUUACAACGUUCGAGAUGAUUGAACAGUGCGGAAAAGGAAACACGCGAAGACAUCGUCGCCUCGGCGACGAUCCCGGUGUACCAGUUCUUGACAUCCUGUUUGGACAGAUCCUUCACCUUCACGCUCACGGACCCCAAUGGUGGAUCGCGCAACACCGUGACCAUGGCGUAAGUUGAACGUGUUCAUGAAUAGAACACUGCUCGCGGUCGUGCUGAAUUUGGGCGUGCGUCUUACAGUGCCAAGUACAUCCCCAUCGACAUGGUGCUCGAGGCCCGAGAAAGCAUCAACAAUCAGGGUACCUUGUCGGUCAAUCUGGUCCACGCCAAGGGUCUCGCUGCCGGAGAUCGCUCGGGCAAGUCCGAUCCCUACGCCGUCUUCAUCCUCAACGACGAAAAGGUGUACAAGUCCGAGGUCAUCAAAAAGACGUUGGCCCCCGUAUGGAACGAAAAGUUCGAGUGCGAGGUGCGCAGUCGAGUCGCGGCGAAUUUCUACGUCAUCGUCUACGAUUGGGAUCGAGUGGGAACGCCGACGCAUUUGGGUCAAGGGUCGAUCGAUCUUGCGGCCCUUGAGCCGCUCGAGUUGACCGAACACACUAUUCCGUUGUAUGAUGUCAAGACAAAGAAGCAGCAAGGAGUGGUGCACCUCAAGCUCGUGUUCCGACCUGGGUUCCUCGCGCGAUCGCGCAAGAGUACGUCGACCUUCUCCUCUGCUGGACGAGUCGCCACGAGUAUCGGUGGAGGUGUGGCGCAUGCCGGUGGUGCGGUCGUAGGUGGCGUCGGCGUCAUUGGGAAAGGAGCGGCGUCGGGAGUGGGCGUGGUCGGUAAGGGUGCUGCUACUGGUGUUGGAGCCGUCGGGAAGGGUGUGUUUGGAGGGAUCCGAAAGGUCGUGCCUGGUGGUGGUGGUCACAACAAUGCUUACCAAAGGACAUCGUCGUUCGGCAAUGGUUCGAUCGCCGAAAUCGACUUUGCGAAUGAGGCUGCCGCCGCGGGUCUUUCCGACCCGGCGGUCGGGAACUCUGCUCUGAUGAGCUCUGUAGGAACGCCAUCCGGUGCGACGAGCCAAGUCGGUUCGUUGACGGUGACGAUCACGAGUUUGUCCGGAGCGAGUGAACCGGGGGAGAAGCAAGUCGUGGUGGUCAAGGCUGGGAAUCGACAGAUCAAGGAGACCAAGGCGCAUCAUGCCGAGGGUGGGGCAGAUUCGAUCAACUUUGACGAGUCGGCAACGGUCAAGACGGAUGGGCCGAUGACGUUGGAGUUUACGGCUUUGUAAGUUCGGUUUGAGUCGCCGCAAUACAUUCCGCUGGACGAAGAGCUGAUGUUCUGCUGGAUUUAUACGUGCGUGUAGACACAAGAAGACGCUGGGUAAAGACAAGCCGCUCGGUAGCGGACUGGUGAACCUCUGGGACAUUCUGACCCCUGGUGGGCCACCGACGACGGUGACGGUGCCUCUGACCGGUGGAGCAGGGUCGCUGCUCGUGGGCUUAUCGGUAUGUUGAUACGUUCCCUGUAAUUGACUCGCUCGUUCCGAGCUAACCUGGGUCGCGCCGUUUCUUAGUGGACGGCUACUACCUCGACCCCGGAUUUUGACACGCGUUCAAUCGCCGGUUCGGUGUCCCCCUCGACUCGAAAGUCGUCUCGCUUCUCCCCCGCUAGGUUCGGCCGUCAUCGAGAUUCGAGUGUCGAGCCGGAAUAG